ACCCACAGGUUUCGCUAUGGCAAUUGGCAGGUCUCUUGCAACUGGAGAUUUUUUACAUUGACUAUGACUAUUCCAAGUCUUCCACAGUUUCCCCACUUUAAUAUUGACAUGUGUUAUCAUGAAAUAUGUGGACCAUAUGAAUUCACAUCUUGGUGAUGUCUUCUUGGGGAGAUUGCAGGAACCCAGGAAGGCAGGAACCACUUAGUCAUGGCAAUGUCCAAUAGCAUUCUCUUGAGCCUUUUCUUCAUAUCUUCUGCAGCCCUUGCCGACGUCCAAGGCUGCAGUUGCUUGCGAUUCACUUACCCCAGCUUCGACAUCACUAACAAGGAUGAUUUCAGCUUCAGCCCAGGAUCAGCAAUUGCAAAUGGUUCCCUGCAAAUCACGUCGAACACCGGAAACUUGAGCAAUCAAUCAGGAAGAGUAGUAUAUGCAAGGGAAACCCUGAAGCUGUGGAACAGGAAAGACGCAGCGCUCACAUCUUUCAGGACAGAAUUUGUGCUCAACAUCCUCCCACAGAAUGGGGCUGGAGAAGGUAUGGCUUUCAUACUCACAAAUAAUUCAUCAUUGCCCAGCGACAGCAGCGGCCAGUGGCUUGGCGUAUGCAACAACCAGACAGAUGGUGCACCGACGAACCGAAUAGUAGCAGUGGAAUUCGACACGUGCAAAAGCUCUAAGGAUGACCUUGACAGCAACCAUGUUGGGCUCGACUUGAACAGCAUCAAAUCUGAUAAGCAGUACCCGCUCAGCAAUCUUUCCAUCAUCCUGUCGAGCGGUUCUGAUGUCUUCGUCAGUAUCAAAUAUAAUAGCACGAGACAUGUUUUUCUAGUAUCUAUAAUCCAGUACAACACAACUGGCAAUGGGGGGCACACUUGGCGAGAAACUUGGCUUGUUGAUCUAUCACAGCACCUGCGGGAUGAAAUAUAUCUGGGAUUUGCAGGUUCCACUGGUGACUACACCGAACUGAACCAGAUAAAGUCCUGGAACUUCACGACAAUAGACGAUGAUGCUGUGGUUGAAACAAGGCAUGUGAGGAAGGUGUUUUUGUCUCUCGUUACCUUGAUUUUGUUUCCUAUAUGUUGGUUUCUUGUGUUGUUGAUGCGGAGAAGGGUGAAGCAGCAGACAAGGCUAGCCUACUGCAACCUAGAGAAAAUGAUAGAUGCACAUGGUCCAAUCAGAUUUAAGAUCAAGGAGCUGAAGCAUGCAACUGCCAACUUCAGUCCUCACCGUAAGCUCGGUAGAGGAGGAGGAGGCACUGUUUACCUUGGCUAUCUUAAUAGGCUCAACAUGGAGGUGGCUGUGAAGCGGGUGUCAGCGAACAACAGCUCGAGCCGAGGAGAGAAAGAGUUCGUCGCGGAGGUGAACACAAUAGGCAAGCUCUCCCAUCGCAACCUCGUCAAGUUGGUUGGCUUGUGCCACGAAGGAGGCGAGCUACUCCUCGUGUACGACUACUUUCCCAUGGGCAGCCUGGACAAGCACUUGUUCAGCCAUGCCACAGUGUGUACGUCGUCAUCCGACACGAGCACUCCUGAGCUCACAUGGGAGCGGCGAUACAGGAUAAUCUGUGGUGUGGCAUCUGCGCUUGACUACCUGCACCAUGGGAGCAGCAAAAGGAUUCUUCACAGGGAUGUCAAGGCCAGUAAUGUGAUGCUCGACGAGGAAUACAAUGCACGGCUGGGCGACUUCGGCCUUGCCCGCGUUAUCCAGAUCGACGGAGUGACACAUCACUCCACGCAAGCAGUUGCAGGCACUCGCGGCUAUAUGGCGCAUGAGAGCUUCUUCACCGGUCAUGCCAGCCUUGACACAGACGUUUACGCCUUCGGGGUCUUUGUCAUGGAAGUUAUCAGUGGGAAGAGCCCAAGCAGGUCCAUGCUAUAUGACAGAGAGGAAUUGUACAUUGUGGAUUGGACUUGGAGGCAUUACAGCGAGGGGAAAGUCUUAGAGACGGCUGAUGCAGUGCUAGGAGUAGUAUACAAUGAGGCACAGAUGGAUUGCACAGUGAGGCUGGCCUUGGCUUGUUGCCAUCCGAACCCACGGGAAAGGCCAUCGAUGAGGACAGCAGUGCAGGUGCUAAUUGGUGGGAUGCCAGCCCCUGAUCCCCCAUUUGAGAAGCCCACAUUUGUUUGGCCUCUAUCUGGCAAGCAGCAGGAGAUCGAGCUGCGGCAUGUUGGUGUGCUCUUCACAGGACAGCUCAGUUUCUGCUCCAAGACCUCCACCUCCCUAACAGGAAGGUGAGCGUCUGGACUCUGCAGAGCUAUGGACUUGUACUGACUACUACUACUUGUUGCAGUGCCCAGACCCAGGAAUCCAGCUAUGGUAUUCCAAGUAAAAAUUGUCUAGUGUAAAACAUAAGGAAUUGUCUAUUCAUAAAUUGUCUCAA